AUGGACAACGACAUUCCAAUCCCUCUCCUUUCUUCAUUUCUCAAAGUAACGUGUGCAAGUGCGGACGUGUGUCCGAGAUUUUGUACACCUGAUGCGCAGCGUGGCGGAACAGCUGGGCUCCCCCAAACCCGGGUUUCUCGCCCCGCCCCCUUCGUGAUUCCCCGAGCUUGCUCCGCCCCCGCCCCGUCCCCGCCCUGCCCCUCAGCCCCGCCCCAGGCUCGCCCCGCCCCACCCCCUCUGCCCCGUUCCGGGCUUGCACCGCCUCGUCAGGCUAGCCCGGCCGGCCAGCGGGAGGCUCGUCCCGCCAGGCUUCUCCGGUGUCGCGCCCUCCCGCGCUACCCUGGCGCGUCCCGCCUCCUCCCCGCCCCUCAGCUGCGCUCCCAGCUUGCCCCGCCCCCGCCCGAGCGCUCCUUCCGCCUCUGCGCUCCGCUGCUCCCCCGGCUCCAGCAGCCGGCAGUCUCGUCUCCAUGGCGACGCUGUGUCUCCGGCUCCCGGCACCGAACUUCGCGCGACCCGCGAGCUGGGCUGGCCUUCGGUGUCUGCCCUGCGGACCGGCGGUGUGAGAGGACCACGAGCGGGUUCGCGCUCCGGAGCUCCACGGCUGCCGAGGUGGCGCGCGAGAAGGUACAAAAAUAUAAACAGAAUGGCAGAUUGCUAGUGUUUGACUCAACGGGAAAAGUGAUGAUUGAACCAAAUGAAGCAAUGUCAGAGUAA